UUCCAACUACUGCCGGUACAGGUAGGCUUGUUACGUUUUUAGUUUUUUUUUACACGUUUCACUUGUGAAAAAUAGCCAUUAGACGAAAAUUUAAAAAAGCUGCCGUUUUGACCACUGAGGUUUUGACUCCUCAGAAGACAAAUGUUAAUUGAAUUACAUAUUAGUCCUUACUCUGUUCCUGCUAUUUUCUAACUCUACAGGCAGUGAAACUACAGGGGUGUCCAUCUUUGACUACGAACCUUUGAAGGCCAAAACAGGUUUGAAAAUAUUUCAUUCUUAUCAAGUGUUUUCUAUGAUGAUCGAGCAGGUCGUCUUCAAAUAUGUUGACACUGAUCCUAACGCAAGACUACAGCCGGGUGGCGCAAAAAAUGUUCCCCCAGUUUGACUUAUUGUAAUUAAAAAACUGAAGAUGCCAUCUUAUUCAAAUAAUGAAUGUCUAAUUUAUCACGCAGUAAUGUCCAACUUAAAUUUUGAUGUAUGCCUUAAACAUUUCUAUAGAAUAUUAGCCGAGAUAUAUAGCCGUUAAACUCAAGGUAGCAUUUUUGGAAGAAAAAAUGGCCAUUUUAUUACCAUAAUGCAAAUUAAUAGACCAUUUUUCGCUUCUUGCAAAAAUGCUACCUUGAGUUUAAACGCCUAUAUCUUGGCUAACAUUUUAUAGAAAUGUGCAAGGCAUACAUCAAAAUUUAAGUUAGACAUUACUGCGUUCAAUAAACUUGAUUUGAAUAGGAUGACUUCUUUAGUUUUAUAAUUACAAUAGGUCAAAGAAGGGGAACAUUUCUUUGCGCCACCCGGUACGCACAAUGAAAAGAAUUUUAAAACAUUUUCUACAACUGCAGGUUGUUCACUUAUUGAAUUACUGUCUCAUUUUGUUUCUCAGGUAUUGCAAAUCGCGCCAUUCGUCCUACAAUUGGUAUUGUUGAUCCACUCCACACUCGCUUCAUGCCCGAAAGAGUUGCUGCCAACAGUGGCUUUGAUGUUUUGUGGUAAGCGCUGUUCUUAAUGUUCUUAAUGUCGUACAGCCGGGUAAAACUAUUCCCAAUGCUUGUUACCCAAUUAUCCUGGUCACUUUGUCUACAAAGCUAAUAUUUUUAGAUUACGAGCUCGAGAUUUCUAUGAGGUGAAAGUUGAUGAGAGCGAAGCCCGAAGCUCGAGAGCGAGUAAUCUAAUUGUUUUUAGUAGAAUCUCAAGCAAACAAUCAAGUUCGCCCUCAGAAACCUCAGAAAAAUGCGAGCUGGAAGCCUUUUUCUUAAAUGCGCCAGGAAAACGAUUGUUUUGCUAUUUGCUAUCUAUUGAGGAAAAGAUAGCGAGUAGAAUAGCCAAUCAAAUUACAGCAUUUGUAAUAGUAUAUUAGUAUGAUUCUAUACCAACAAUGCUUUUUACCCUAUUACGCUUAAUAACAGCAAAAUUGUACAACUACAGUACCGGUCUUAAAACAGGCAUCAUUUGAAUUUCCUCUAUAGCCAUGCUCUAGAAUCUUACACUGCAAUUCCUUACAACGAGCGGAGCCCACGACCAGAAAACCCAAACCUCAGACCAGCGUAUCAAGGCAGUAACCCUAUCAGUGAUAUUUGGUCAUUACAUGCACUGAGAACCAUCAACAAAUAUAUGAAAAG